UGCCUGCCCCAGCGGGACACGCACUACAAUCAGGAACGGGACUUACUAGUAGUAGCCUGCCUGCUCCAACGGGACUUACUACUAGUAGCGUGCCUGUCCCAACGGGACAAGCAGAACCACUAAUACAAACCCCUCAACUGUUGUCCUUUUACGAGAAAAACCUUGCCUCACUGGAGAUUCGGCUUAGGGAUUUUGUCCGUGAACAGCAUGAAAGUGAAAAAGCUUAUGAUCUUAAGUUGAAAGAUUACCAUAAAGCAAUGGAGGAGUUAAGUGCCGAUCCUAAUAAUGAGGCGUUGCAAGCAAAAGCUUGUAAUGCUUAUGGUGUAACACUUAUCUAUCAUGGGCGAUUGGAAGAAGCUAAGAUGGGUCAAGCCAUUGUGGCGGGUAGAAUAGAAGACUGGCACUACAUUCGUGCUUGUCAUAUACAAUCUGGGAUAGCUGCACCUACACCGGUUAAUGUUUUUGAUGAAAUAGUAGAACAGGGUGGUUCUCAGGCACAAGGAAACGUCGUUUCUAGGGGCCCAAGCAGAGAAUCAAGUCCUGACAGAGGCCAACUCGCUAUGAAGGAUCAUUUGCAUGAAGAAAGUUCUUCCCUCCCAAAUGAGAGAGACUUUCCCUUGUUCGCGCGGACAUCUUCUUUGAUGUCCUUUGAACAACCUUCAACUUCUUCGCUGCUAUCACAACCAAGAGAGCCAGUGGUUUCAUCUAUACUUGCUACACAAGCAUCAGCACAACCCUUGCCUUCAGUCCCAGCUGUCAGGUCUCUGGCUAGUGCAGAGAAUAUGAUCUUUAAUGCCGACCUUGAAGUACUUAGAGAAGUGUUGCCCGGGUUAAAUAAACAGGAAGUAGCAACCCUUUUCGUAGACAGCGGGGGUUGGGACAAGAGGAAGUUAUUGGCUCUGUGCAAUCAGAUAAAGUUUUUAAAAGAACGAAGGGCGGAUUUGAGUACUUCGUCACUGGGGGGAGAAUCGACUGCGUUCAACCAAGAAAUGGAAAUUGAAGCAAUACAGCAAGGAAUUAAGCUUAAAAAGAUUCUAGAAGACGGUUGGCUACCAAAGGGGACAAAGGUCGACCACGAAGUUACAAAUUUUUUACUUAACUGUCUUGGUGUAAUAGAUUGUCAAGAAACACCAGCUUUUGAGCCCGCCUUAAAUGUAAUACGCCCUAUCGUAGAGUCAGAAUUAUCAACUAAAGAAAGAAAAGAGACUUGGUUAAAUUUUGUAAGCAAUUUGGUUAUAAGGGCCUUAAAUGAAUAAAAAACAAAAAGUGUUGUUAAUU